AUGUGCUUUUCAUGUCUAGAGGAAGUUAAAACAUAUUAUCAAGAGUAUGCUUUGAAAAAGGGGUUUGGAUGGAGGAUUAGAUCAUCGAAAAAAGGAGACGACGGGGAGUUCAAUUACCUGAUACUUUCAUGUUCAAGAGAGGGGUCUAACAUUUCAAAAAUUUCAUGCACGUUGAAGACACUUCCAUCUAGAGCGAAAAAUUGUCCUGUCAAGAUUUGUAUUAAAUUAAAACAAGAUGAUUUGUGGUACACUACACAAUUUGAGACAAACCAUUCUCAUGAGACUAGUCCUAUUAAAGUAAGAUUGUUCAGGGCUAACAAGAAAAUGAACUUACAUGUAAGAAGAACAAUUCAAAUCAAUGAUGAUGUGGGAGUAAGGAUCAACAAGACUUUUCAAUCACUUGUUAAAGAUGCAAGAGGACAUGAAAAUAUUCCCUUUUGUGAAAAAGAUGUGAGGAAUUAUAUUAACAAAGAGCGUCGUGCGAUUGGAAAAGAAGAUUUGGAUGAUGAUUUUCAUGUGAGGAAUGUAUUUUGGGCGGUUGCAAAAAGCAGAUCCGCGUACGAAUACUUUGGAGACGUUGUAACUUUUGACACAACAGACUUGACUAACAAGUAUGACAUGCAUUUUUCUGCAUUCGUGGGUGUGAAUCACCAUGGUCAAUCAACAUUACUUGGUUGUGGAUUGCUAUCAGGUGAAGACACAAAUUCUUUUGUGUGGCUGUUCAAAUCAUGGCUUCGUUGUAUGCUAGAAAAAGCACCUUUGGGCAUUGUGACCGUGUAG